AAAGCGCCCCUUUACUCCAUUGUUGUUUACAGACGGUUAAUGUUUUUUCCUGUAUUUUAGGGGUUUGCUUAGCCACCUAUUGUCAUCCUUUUGUUCAUAACGUCCGAUUUUAUUUCGAUCACAUAGAUCGUGGAUGAUGUAGCAGGUGACGGUUUUCUAAGAGAAGAGUCUUCAAAUACUGUGAAAGGCAGGAGGAUGAAUCCACAUGACUGGAGUCAUGUUAAAAGGCUGCAGAUGCGUCAGGAACCGGAUCAGCAGAGGGUUUUAAUGAGCAGCAGUGACCCAAGGCUGACUGGUGACUGGGACACAUUCCCUGUACACCCUGCUGUUCAACUUCAGAGUAGGAGUGCAGCCUGGAGAGAACCCAGUCCUCCAGAUCUAGAUGGAAAACCAUUAGAGCAAGACGAUCCUGAAUUGAUAAGGAAGAAACGACAGCUCCAAGAGUUACACGAUCAGAUUAUGCAGAAGAAAGCCAAAAUUGCUUUUAAAGCAAUAGAGAUUACAGGGACUAAUCCAUCUGAGCCAGAUGUUCUUGAUGGCAAGGAGUUGGCUACCUGCAAUCCUGGAACGCUUAGAGACAGAGUGACAGAAAUAUUGCAGCAACGUUCAUUCAGCUUUUUCUCCAAGGUUCAGUUAUCUAGACAAACGGAAAAAUCUUUUACUUUGAGCAAAGAUAAAGUGAAACUGCACCAUCCCCUGAAGCUCAGAGUGAAGACAUUAAAUGCACACCGACUUCGUAACCCCUGUGUUUUACCACCCCCUAUAGAGAAGGUUCCAGAUGUCCCUCUGCAUUGUCCUGACAGCUUCACUUCACCUCAAAAGAAGCUGGAGAGCACCGCCGAAAAGGGAUACGAGCGUUUACUCGGUGCUCUUAAAAAAGCAGCAGAAGCAGCCCCUUAUUUCAACAAAAAGAUCCCUGACGUCUCGCUACCUCCUCUCAACCAAAACGAUCCUCCUAGAACAAAGAAAAGCAGCACCAAUGUUGGUUCUGAGGAUGAGAGCAGGCCCAGCCGCAGUUCCAACUACAAGAAUGGCGUUGAUAGAAGUCUAGAGGGUGAGAGCAGUGUCAGCAGCAGUUUGAAGCCUGUAAGCGGUGCAAAGAAAGUUCCUGAGCAGGAGAGCACUGUGGAAACACAUUCUGACAACAACAAAUCGUCUGCCAGAAGCUCGAAUGAGAAAAGUGUCAAGAGAAGUUCGGACCAAGAGAGUAGUCCAAGAAGAGCUUCUGAAGGUAAAAGCAGUUUCAGCAGAAUGUCUGAGCACAAGAAAAGAGACGACAGAGGCUCCGAGCGUGAGAGCAGCAUCAAAAGAAAAUCUGGAGGCAAUAGUACUGUCAGAAGUGCUGAGCGCAAGAACAGCGUAAACACAGCUUCUGAACCAGAGGACGGUGCCAGCAGAAGCUCUGGACACAAAAACAAUGGGGAUGGAGCUUCUGAGCGAGAGACGAGUGUGACCAGAGGCUUUGACCGCUUUGUCAGUUUGCUUAACAGUGGGGUGGACAUCAAGCGACUCAGUAUGAUUAUCAAAGAUGAUGCUCCAGUAACCUCUCCUGAUGUUUUGAAAAAGGCCUUCAAAAACGAAACCCAGAAGUGCGACACCGACUCUGCACUACCAGGCUGCAGUGGGAUCAACAGUGUGAAGUUGGAGACGGAGCCCGUCAAACAGGAGGCGUCCUUACCUCAAGACAAGGAGGUAAAGAAGGUAAAAAGGAAGGGAACUUUGGACUCCAACAGCGAGUCGGAGCCCCCCCUCAAUGUGAAUAAGAAGAAGGAGGAAAAGAAGAAGGAAAAGAAGAAGGAGGAAAAGGAAACCCCAAUGACGCACGAAAAGCAGAAGAAACUGCAAAGCAUUCUUCAAACUCUGGGGUUGAAUCUAGAUGUGGAGGAGCUGAAGAAACUAACAGAUCGCACUCAGGAGAGGCUUUAUGGAAGGAAUAGUGAACCACGACAGACGAGCGACAGCCAGAAGGAGCAAGAAAUCCCACCAAAACGCAUAAGACGCAGUAGAUCUCGCUCUUCCUCUUCUUCCUCAUCCUCUUCUACUUCUUCUUCAUCGUCGUCCUUAUCCUCUUCAUCCUCUAGAUCUUCCUCUAGAAGCCGUAGAAAUCGGAGGCAUUUACGUCGUCAUCGGCGUUCUCGCAGCAGAGAUUCACGUCGACGUUCUACUAACAGAGAUGCACGUCGACGUUCUACUUCACGCCGACGUUCUACUUCACGCCGACGUUCUACUUCACGCCGACGUUCUACUGACAGAGAUGGAGAAAAAUGGCAAAACAGGAAAAAAAGUAGGGAAGAAUUAGACAACUCCCUUUAUAGAAACCAACACCAGGCCUUUCCCUCCCAUUUCCCCGCUCCUUCUUCGUAUCCUGACUACAGCUUGUACCAGUAUGCCCAGUAUAUCAACUACUACAAUGCCUACAGGGAAGCUAUUAAAUCCAGUUGGCCAUUUGCUGCAAAUCAAAGCCCCAUCUCGCUCAACCUGCAGUCCUAUUCACAACACCACUCCAAUCACCCGGAAUCGCUCAAUCAUGAGGAUUUUUGGAACUUCAUUGACCCAGACAUGUCUAAGAGAAAAGAUCAGAGGAAGAAUAAAUCUGAUUCUGGCCUCAUCUCAAUUGAUACUGAAACAUCGAACAGGCUGAAUAGGGAAGAACAAAAAAGACAAAAAUCACCAGAAAGGUCUCCAAAGAAAAAUGCUUCAAAAACAUCUGAUAGUGGGAAAAGAGCCUCAGAAACGUCUAAUAGAGAUGGAACAUCCUCAGAAACACAUGAUGGAAGGAAAAAAGCCUCAGAGACACCUGCUACAGAGAAACCGCAACCAGAGAUCAUCACUGAUAAGAAAGCAGUUGCAGGGACCAAUGCUACAAACCAGGAAUCAUUCUUCUCAAAGAACUUUCCCUCAAAGCCCUCAAAACUUGAAGAAUGGAGAAAAUUAAGAGAGAAGAAGAAACAAGAGGAGGAAAUAACAGCCAACUUGAGAGAAAAGCUUUUGGAGUUUAACCGGAAAGCGAAGCUUGUCACCCAGAAUCCCAGCUCCAUCCCCAAGCCGCCAGCGGCCUCUCUGGAUUUGGAGCUCCAAUAACAGAUGAGAAACUGAGACCCAUGAUGAAUCCUGAUGCGCCUCCAUCUUGAUCUGCAGUUUAGUUUUAUUGUUUACCUACACUUAUAACCGAAUCAUCCUUUCUGUCAAGUAAGAAGUAAAUAACUUCUCAGGAGUUAUAUCUCUACCCAUUCUUAGUCUAAGUUAAGGUUUUUACUUUAGUCUUCGAUCUCACUGUUUUUUUUCAUGAUUUAACAUUUAUCUGCUCCCUUUAUUGUCUCUAAGCCUGAUUUUAUUUU